CUUUCCUUCUCUGUCCAACUGUGAACUCUUAUGCCCCCACACGUCCACGACACUUUCGACCGCUAUUCUACGAUGGAGCACUGCUAUCACGAUGGUGACCAGUACUAUGAUGCUAGCCUCCCGAUUUCUACGCAUCACGAUUAUACUCCCUAUCAACCUUAUUCGUAUUACAUUCCCGACAACAUGAUGCUCGCGAUGACAGACCUCCAAGGCGAACAACAAUUAAUUCAGACACCUGUUCAUGAAUAUCACCCCCAAACUUUUGACAACUUCAUGUCUUCCUCUGUCCAUUCUGUAUCGUCAGAUUCGUCAUGUUCAACGUCAACUGAUUUCCAUGAUACAGCAGCGUAUCCCAGUAUCCCAACAUAUGCUUCCGACAGAAGACCGUCGUAUCCCCCGAGUUGGGCACAAGACGUCAGAAAUAACUCUACCCAUGUCCCAGCUGCCCAGUCGUCAGAGUACCGGGCAACAAUCGCGCGUCUCAGUGAUGACUUUCUCGCAAGCGCGUCGUCGUUGUUUGGGGGAUCUGCUUCACGCAGUAGCAAUACGUCCUCCACCUUGAGUGGACCUGCGACCCCUCAUCAGAGCCCUAUGCAAAACAGCAAUCCUACUCCUGCCAGAAAACGCUCAUCAGAAGCCAUGAAUGAGGAGGUCUUUGUUGAUCAGCAACUUGACGCCCGUGCAUCCGUCCAAGAUUCGAGAUACCUUCCUCAGCCUCACAUGAUCGUUCCUUCUCAAAAUAGAGUCGUGCGUGAACGUCGCCUUCCUCAGGGUUCAUCGCACAGUAGCGAGUCACAAGGCCUCCUGCGGUCCCCCGCUCGCCCUUUUAGACAGUCGCUUUCACCAGAUUCACUACUAUUACGUGAAGAAGGGCGGCCGGCGGCUCAUCAGGCCAACAAGAGGCCCCAUCGCUCCGAGGAGAUCACCCGCCAUUCUCAGACCAUUUCAAGCGUCCCUGCAACGUGGUCAGCGCCGGUGGAGCCUGUUAUGAAAGUUAGUGCCUCGAGGAAGACUGGUGAGCAGAAGAAGCAAGCCCUUGCUUGCUUAUUCUGCAGAGAAAGAAAAAUAGCUUGUGGUCGACCCCCUGCCCAUAGCCCAGACCAGACCUGCAAUCAAUGUGCACGACGUCGGAUGAAAUGCGAGUAUCCCACGGAAUCUCGUCGAGGGCAGCACAAACGCAUUCGGCGUAAACCAACCGAAGAUUGUAUUGGAGCUUCUAAUUCAUCUUCGGCUUCGCAGUCAGCACCAAAUACACCACCCGUCAUUGCGUUAACGGCUUGAAUGAAUCCCACGUGUCAAUGUACAGCACAUGUUUUGACGACCGUUCAAUGAGACACUUUAGAUAUAUGUAUGCGAUAUUGCCUACAAGGGCUUUCCGUGACCUUCGACCACGUAUACCUAUUUCAUAUCGAUUCCCUUUCUAAUUGUUAAUUAUUAUUACCUGACCGUGUCAGUUACUCUCCUUGCAUUCUUACUUUCGUUAACCUAGUAUCUUCAAACAUUAUGUUCUCCUUCCGCAUUCUCUUACUGUACGAUUUUUCAUCGUUGGACUGCAGUAUAUUAAUAAUAUCAAGAUCUUGUCGUCGCCUUGAA